GGAGAAGAUGGAAAUAAAACGUUUAUUAAAGUUGCUUAAUAUGGCACAGAAAGAAAUGAGCAGUAACAAAAGAUGCUAGAAGAAUUUUUGAGUUACCAACAGCCACCAAAGAUUGUCCACAGUAUUUUGAAAGCUGUUUGCUGUAUUUACUUCGAAGAAAAAGGAGACACAUACGAAAUCGAAAAGUUAGACCAGUGGGAUUAUUGCCGAGACUUUUUAAGUUCAAAUUUUGUAAAAUGGAUUAUAUUAUUUGAUCCUGUCAAUCAAGUUAUUAAAGGAGAAGAAAAUAAGUUUGUUACAUGUCUAAAAGAUCUGUCUGCUGAGGAUUAUUUAAUGGCGCCAAUGGUUCCCUCUCGUUACUUGAUCACCUGGGCAUUUGUCUGUCUUAACCUUAUGAAAAAAAUAAAAAUGCAAAAACUGCAGCAUCAAAAUGCAUCAAGUGAAAUUAUUACCAACUGAAUUGUAAUAAGUUGACAAUGAGUUGACACUAACACCGACAUAUAAAAACACCGACAUGUAAAAUUUAAAAUUAAAAUAUAUUGUUUUUUGCACCGA